GAUAAACACCUUCCAGGUCGUGGUUACAACCCGUUAAAACCGUCUUCUAGGAGGUGCUUUAAUGGCUGUAGUAAUGUGUAGUCAGCUGACGAGAUGAUAAAAACAGUGUCAUGAUCUUAAUAUCAGGAAAAUGAUGGAGAGUUGAUUUUGGACGGUGACUCGCCUUGGUCCGGAAAUGCCUUUGUUAAUUCAGAACCGAGGAAUUGGCCGCAUAAACUCGACAGCGGAACUGUUCGACAGAUUCCCGCAUUUACAGGUUUGUUUCCUGAAAAGAAGGCUAAAUUUAGCUCCCCGAGCCUGCUACAACCACCGUAUUUUAAGUUAUUUUAGGCCAACUUAUCUUAAUAACUUACUGUAUACAAUUGCUCUAGGGCUGGACGUUGUGUGUAAAAACUGUGUUGUUUGCACACACCCGGAAAUGUUGCCAGUCCUUCAUGACAUUGUGGUGUAAUGUUAUUUCUGUGAUUACAUGUCUGUACUGAUCUGUCACAGGAAAAUGCAAGAACAUUUCGGUCAAGGCCACUUGUUGAUGUUGACCCUAAGUGCCUCCUGUAUGUCCAACAAAGAGAGUUUGCUGCAACAACACCAGCAGACAGUGAGUAAAGCCCACAGGUGUGGGCAUCAUCCACCUGUCAAUACAAAAUCAUACAAAAAAUGUACUCAUGUUUGAAGUCUAAAAUAUGUAUUCCUUCUUCUUUAGGAAUAAUAAUAAUAUUUCUUUUUAUUUGUGGCGGUGGGGCAGGGUACUGAUGUUGGAGGGGUCCUGAUUGUGAAGAGCUUUAUGGGUGAGGAGAAGGAUUUUAACAGGGAGCCAGUGGAGAUUUUGGAGAACAGGGGUGUUGUGUGGGUGAGCAGACGGGCGGCAGAGUUUUGGAUGGUCUGGAGUUUUUUGAUGAGUUUGGAAGAUGAGCCAUAAAAGAUGCUGUUACAGUAGUCCAGUCUUGAAGUGAUGAAUGCGUGGAUGAGGGUUUCUGCAGCUGGGGGGGGAGAGUGAUGGGCAGAGGCGGGCGAUGUUUCUGAGGUGGAAAUAGGUAGUUCUUGUGAUGUGGUUGAUAUGUUGUUUGACGGAGAGGUUCUGUUACGGCAGCAUUAAUAUUUUCACCAUCCCACAGUCUGUGACAGAGCGACGGACACACAAAAGAAAAUUUAGUGAUGUCGUGUCUUUAUGAAAUGUGGUGCAAUUUUUCUGGAUGGAAAAUGUCAUUCCUAUUACAAAGUCCCUUCGUGAUAUAAGAGGUUUUAUCAAUCAGGUUUGCCCUGUCCAAUGGUGGACUACAGCAGGACUAAAUUAUAUUAGUCCUGUUAAAGCCACAAUCAGGAAAAACUCAAGCUGUCACCUGCUGCUGAAGAAAAAUAGUCUUGGGAGUAAAAAACUCCACCCAGGAUCAGCAGGUCUACACAAAUUUUGAAACUGUUGAGACACAGGUUCUGGUAUGCAAAGUCAAGCAUGUCGCCAAAGAAUACUGAGCAGGUAUUAGCACUGAGUUGUUUUUUAUAUCCAGCAGAUUUAGUUUAUUUGUCCAAAAAAGACCCAUAUUAGAUAACUAACAUGAGAAAAGUUAUCGUUUGUUUGACCGAUUGUUUAGUAUUUUCUUUCUCUAAAAAGAAAACUUGUGACUCACUGGUUAAUACUGUGAUGUAACGACUGGGAGGUCUGUGCGUCAUCCUGGGUGGGUCAGGGUGUGUUGAAUUUGGAUGUUCUCUCUGUGGUCAAAGCUAAACUUUGUCAGGAACUCUGGAUUUUGUAUAACUAAUAGGAAGACUUACAUAUCCCCUAUUCUUAAAGCUCUACGUUGGCUGCCUGUGUCCUCUAGGAUCAAUUUUAAAAUUCUGGUCCUAACAUUUAGAGCCUUGCAUGGUCAGGCUCCAUCUUACAUUUGUGAUCUGAUCCAGCUUUACACCUCCCCUCGGGCUCUGAGGUCCGUGGAUCAGAAUCUGCUGAUGGGUUAGGGUUUAUUUGCUCAGGCUUUUUUGUUUAAUUGUUUUGGGGCUGCUAUGACUGUUUAAUGUGUAUGUACAUUUAUAUUUUUGUCAGGUGAAGCACUUUGUGACUAUUUUGUCUAUGAAAAGUGCUACACAAAUAAAGUUUACGUACUUACUUACUAACUUACUAUACUUGGUAAAUUUAGUUAUGUACCUUAGAUCAAAAUAAUCUAUAUUUUUUGUCUUUCACAACACAGACUGUGUUUCAGUAAUGGGAUCUGAAGAUGCCACCACCUGCCAUUUAGUUGUGCUGCGACACACAGGUAAUGUUUCCUUCAUGCCGCGCGUCUUAUUUUGACUGUUCAUAUUAUCAGUGACAUAUUUGUUUGCUAUGACUGACUUUCAUUGUUUCUCAGGAAGUGGAGCUGUCUGCCUUGCUCACUGUGAUGGCUCCAGCACCUGGUCUGAAGUCCCGCUCUUUGUGAAAGCUGUAUCCUCGCUGAGUCAAGUUUGUAAAGAGGGCAGGUAUGAGACAGAAAAACACAUCAAGUAAAAGAGCCCACUCUAUUUGAGAAUUCUUGCUUUUGUAAUUCUUUUGUUUUGCUUUCUGGUGUGCAGGUUUGAGCUUCACCUUGUUGGGGGUUUCAACGAUGAAUCAAAAACGUCCCAUAAACUCAGCCUUAACAUCCUGGGUAUAGUCUUUGAAUUAUCUUGUGUUCUAUUGAAUUAUCAUGGAAGCAUUAAAGUUUGUAACACUCUUUCUCCGUUUAUAGCAGCGUUCCAGAAACAGAAAGAGGAUAUUCAUCUGGAGACAUGCUGCGUCACAGGUAACAUCAAUAAUACCUGUUGAGAAUUUCUUGUUUGUUUUUAACAGACUUACCAUACCUGUGUUGGAUUGACCUUUCUUUUGGUUUCUUUCUUUUUUCUGAAAGAACUGAAUGAUAGUGUUGUUGAUGGCACACACCGACCUGUUGUAUAUGGAAUAGGUAAGUAUUGAAUUUCACAGUAUGUGAUGCAGUGUUUCAAUAUCCUUUUAAUAUCUUUAAUGCUGUGUCUACCUCUGUUUCUGUGCAGGUGUAAAUGUUAAAACAGGGGAUGUGUUUCCGUCAUCAUUCCCUUAUAAAGGACCUGCAGAACAGUUACGCUCAGCAAGGACCUUCACUGGAGGACAGGUGUGAUAAUAUAUUAAACAUCUGCUGUUUUUUAAUGUAGAUUUAUCAUGUAUUUUGUGACACAAACAUAAUUUCAUAUCGCCAUGUCAUGCAAAAAUCAUUUUUUAAGUGUUUUUAUGGGAUUAAAAGAGAGAUUGAGUGUAGAUGUGCCAUUUUCCCUAAAAUUGUAAACAAAUGUUUGGAUGUUGUUUUUUUCUUUCUUGUAGAUGGCUGACAUAUAUGACUCAAGUAAGGGACUCGUUAAAAUCGGCCCUUGCAAGUGGUCUCCAAAUCUGGAUAUUGCCUUCUGGUUGUCACAAAAUGAUGACACAAUUUUAAAGGUACAGUAAUUUGAGAAUAAAUGAAUAGUCCUUCAAAUGUGUCAUGUGCCAACUUCUGUUUAUGAAAGUGCGAAGCAGCCUCUCAGUUUAUAACCUAAAACCUCCCUCAACGCUGGUAACUCUCUCUCUCUUUCUCUCAUGCACAGUACCUGUCCACUUCCCCGAGGGCUGAGCCGCCACACUUUGUCCAACACAUGAAGUCCACCAUCCAGUUCAUCUUAGGGCACCCCAGCCCUGAUAGCCUCUUCCCUGAUGGUCAGCCGCAGGUCUACCACAGGACUGAGAGGGGAGACUGGGAGAGGGUUGGCUCAUCCUAGAGUCCUACUCCUAACUCACCCUUAACAUGGAACUUACCCAUUUUUGCCUCUUCAUUCAACAGACGCACUGACCCAUCCACUCAGUGUUUGCUUUUUGUUCACUGUGUCUUAACGCUGAGGAAACCACCCACUUGACCAUGCGUGUGCUCUAUGGCUCUUACCUGCCUGGUCUAGUAGUUAGAAUUGAGGAAGCAUAAGGGAUUCUGUUCAUGUUAACAUCAGUAAAUGUUUUCCUCUCUUGGGAGGUGGAGUUAACUAUUUCCAACAUGAUGUGUUCCAGUCAAUUUCAAUGUCCUACUGUGCUUUUCAUGUUUGACCAUUGAAGGAAAUGAUUCACACUGUUGUCUUAAACCCAGUUUAAGACCAGACUUGAGAUCUUGUAUCUUUUUAGCCAAAAGGUAUACACAAGCAUGUUCUUAAAAUCCGCGCUUUAGAUCACAUACAUCCCUUUUUUGGUUUAGUAAUUAAACUUUCAUAAAUCUGAUGUAAUAAAAUUGCCUUAAAAUGUUUAAGUAGGUCAGUUAAUGUUAGUUGCUGGGUUCUCAAGGCUGUCAAAUCUUUUCUCUUGCACGCAGGUUCCAAGUCAGAAAAGCAUGAAUUUUUUCCAGAGCAUGUAAAAUGAACCAUGACACCAUUUGGUUGAUGGACAUUGACAUGCAUUGUUUCAGUAUUCUACAGUGCUUACUUAUCAAACAGGACAUCAAACAGAACUCAUAGGUGGGGAAUAUAUUUACUGAAACACUAACAAAACUGUGGAAAAAGUACUCUAUGCUACACUCUGUAUUAUUGCACAGUUUUGACAAAUUUUAUUUUUUUUAAUGCACAGCCCCUUUGAGAGAUUGUUCAUCAUCACAAACUGUAUAUACCGCUGCAUACUGGGCUAUAAAUUUGUAUGCUACAUGAGGUCGGUCGUGUAAAUUUGUACAGUGAUCUUUUACAAGGAAUGGUAUUGAUUCUUGUUGAAUUUGACAAGAUAUAAUUUUACAUUAUUGUUUUUUUUCCUGUUGAAUCACCAUUCAUUGUAUAAUGCCUUUCACACAAUGUUUAUUAAAGGUUGCAGGUGCUUAAAGAA